CCAAGCAUUCCUAGCUCAGUUCCCUCCUCUAGCUCUGAACAGAGCAACAGCUUUUCUUGCUCCCACUCAAGCAGUAACCAGAUUUUGUAGGGUGUGCUGCUGCAAUUGCUGCCUUCGCUAACAUUGACAUGAAACAUGAAAACGGUUGUUAUUCUCCUAGUGCUGGCUCUGGCUACGAUUUUUGCUUUAGUUUGCGUCUUGCUGACUAAAAGGGAAAAAAGUACCAGGUGUGUCCCCUCAGAACCACAGAAUUUCACUGAGGGUGGGAUCAGUGAUCAGAGCAAAAUCUUUGCUGACCUGACAGCAGAUGAGAUGACACAAGUGGUGAAAUUUCUCAAGGACAAUCUUGGUGUACCCCUGAAAGAUGCAUUUCAUGCAAAGCCAUCGGACAACUGCAUUUACUCUCUGGAUAUACACCUCCCCGCCAAAGCAGAAGUACUGGACUUCCUUGAUGAUGGAAAAAAACAGCCCCAUCGGCAGGCACUGGCUGUGGUGUACUUUGGGGGCCAACUAGACCCAAAUGUCACAGAAUUCGUAGUAAGUCCUCUUCCAAAUCCAAAAUACUAUGAAGACAUCACAAUAAAGAAAUUUGGCAGGAGGGUGCCGUAUCACAGCAGACCAGUGACUGAGAGAGAGUACAGAGAUAUUGAUGAAUUUGUUUUCCGUGAGCUCGUCAGUGCAUCCAGCCUCCUUAAAGCAUGCUGUGAGUAUAAUGGCACUAACUUGGCUUCCCUGACCACAGCCCCGCGAGGGUUUGCGUCUGGUGACAGAGCCACUUGGUUUGUCCUGUUCCAGAAUGUGGUGGGCAGUGGAUACUACCUCCACCCUAUUGGCUUGGAGGUGCUGGUGGAUCACAGCAGCCUGAACCUCUCUGAGUGGAAGAUUACGAAAGUGUUCUACAAUGGUCACUAUUUUCAGGAGCUGGCACAGCUGGAAAGGGAGUUCAAAGAUGGUCGUGUAAAGGAGGAGAGAGUGAAGAUAACCCAGGUACAUAAUUUUGCUCCCAGGAAGCACUCCAGCCCUCGUCCUCAUCCUGGCCCCUUCCAGUCUGAGCCUCAUGGGGUCCGCUACCAUGUGGCAGGCAAUCAUGUUGCCUAUCAGUCCUGGACAUUUGCCUUUGGAAUGAACGUGUAUACAGGGCCACGUCUCUUCAACAUCAAAUAUGGCAAGGAAAGGAUUAUCUAUGAGUUGAGUCUGCAGGAAGCCCUUGCCACUUAUGGCUCAAAUUGUCCUGGAGGGAUGGUGACCAGGUACAUGGAUGGCAGCUUUGGCAUUGGGAGGUUUUCAUAUGAACUGGUUCGGGGCAUUGAUUGCCCCUACAUGGCUACCUAUGUGGAUCAAUACUCCUUGAUAGACUCUGACACCCCAAAGCUGAACAAGAAUGCUUUCUGCAUCUUUGAGCAUGACAUGGGAUUGCCCCUGCGUCGCCAUUUUUCCAACUUAGGUUCCUUUUAUUAUGAGGGGCUAGCCAAAUAUGCCCUGGUCUUAAGAGCCAUUUCCACCAUUAUUAACUAUGAUUAUGUCUGGGAUUUUGUGUUCUACCAAAAUGGUGCAAUAGAAGUCAAGGUCCACGCCACAGGAUACAUCAGCUCGUCCUUCUUCACGGGCGGGGGAACUGCAUAUGGAAACAGGGUAGGGGAGCACACGCUUGGAACCAUGCAUAACCAUCUAAUAAACUAUAAAGUCGACUUGGACAUUGGAGGAACCAAAAACUCCUUGGUGGCUGUUGAUAUGGCAUUUGAGUCUCUGCAGGCCCCAUGGAGCCUAGAGCACCAGAUUCAGCGGCCAGUACUCACAAGCCAAGUCCUGGAUAAGGAGGAAAAAGCUGCCUUCCCACUAGAAAACAAAAUGCCUCGAUACCUGCACUUUACCAGCAGCCGUCAGAACCGGUGGAAGCACCCGCGUGCCUACCGCAUCCAGAUCGUCAGCUUUGCAGGAGACCACUUGCCCCAGUCAAGCACCAUGGAGCGGUCUAUCAGCUGGGGCAGGUAUAAGCUGGCUGUCACCAAGCGUAAAGAGGAGGAGCUGAGCAGCACGUGCAUCUAUAAUCAGAAUGACCCUUGGGAUCCACUGGUGGCCUUUACUGACUUCAUAGACAAUGAGACCAUCUCUAAUGAGGAUCUUGUAGCCUGGAUCUCAGUUGGCUUCCUGCAUGUGCCUCAUGCUGAGGACAUCCCCACCACUGUCACGAUUGGCAACGAGGUGGGCUUUUUACUCCGGCCCUACAACUUCUUUGAUUAUGAUCCCUCCAUCAGCUCCCUUGACAGUGUCUACUUCACAACAGAUCAAGAUGCUGCCAAAUGUGAGAUCAACCAGGCUGCCUGCCUGCAAGAGACAGCCUCGUGUUCCCCCAGUCUACCUCCUUUCACUUACAGUGGCUUCAGUAACUUGACAAGUCCCUAACAAGCUUCUCUAUUUUGUUCCUUCAGGCUUGCCAAAACAUGCCUCAGUUUUAGUUGAACAACAUUGUUGCUAUGCCCAAAUUAUACCUCACCUGAACAGCCCUAAAUCUACAUAUCAGAACAGAUAAAGCCUUCCCCCAUUGCCUCCACCCUCAGUUUAGGGCUGCAGAGUUUUUUCCUCUUAGGCGAACUGGAUGCAGAGUUUCUGCUUUGGCCUUAUAGUAAAUAGCCUCACACAUUUUAAAAAAUGUAACAGUUAUAUGGAAAAGUCACAAUAUUUUGACACUAUUAGGAUGGUGUAGGCUGAUCUUGUAAAUGCUUUAGUGCAUUCAGAGAUUACUACCACUUUGAAAAUGGUUAAGGAUGUCAGUUGAACCAAGAGGUUGCAUGAUUUUGUUGCAUAUCAGGGAGGGGCUCCAACAGGAAUAUAUUAGAGUGAAUUAUAAGCUGAUUACUCAGUAGUGCUGUGCCAAACUCUCCCCUCAAUUUUAUAAAGUAAAGGAGAGGCUUACUUUUACCAUAGAAGGCAGGAGAUGUUUUUACAAUGUCUGGAACAGCAGCAAAUUUUUAAUGGAAAAAAAACUUGUGGAAAUUCUGCCUGCUUCCUAUGAUAUUUGUAAGCCCCAGAGAAUUCCCAUUAAAAAGAACCAUUAUUUGGAAAUACCAGCUAUACUCAUCCCUGAAAACAUUGAGAGUAAAAGAAUGAAUGUUUUUAUACAGUUUGAAUGUUAUUAUACAGGUUGUAGGAGGUGUCUUCAACCUUUCAUAUUGUCCUUCCAAAUGGCCGCUGCAGUGUAAUUUCAUAAUAGCACAAGAUGGACAUGGCAGCUCUUUUGGGAUGGUGAGCAGAACAUGACAAGAGUUUCAGCUGACAGCUCCUGACGUGGUGAGUCAUUGUCAUGAGCUAGGCAUUCCCUCCCAUGCAAGACAGUUUCUCCAGCACUUCUUGUAAGCCUCUUUAUUCUACACAGAAAACUCUAAGCAUUUGCAAGCCUCUGAGCAUACACAAGAUGUGUUGACCCCUCUGUGCCCCCCUUUACCCAAAGCUUUGCUUAUGAACCCUUCAGGGUCUGUCUCUGGAAGGAGGGGUGCUAUGGAACCAGGUGUGCCUUUGUUUCUGCACUCUGAGCCCCUAAUUGGACCAGCCUGUGGCUUUGAUGAUGGGCCCUCGGGUCCACGUCUUCAGGGGGCUGGCAGUCUCCAUCUGGGAGGCUGUUCAUUUCUAAAUCUCCCUCCCGUCCUUCGUCUGCUUCAUUCCCACAGGUGGGAGGGAGACAGGGCCCCAUGGGUGUCCUCGAGCUACUUCCAUCCAGAGCAGGCUCGGAGUGGUACUGCGGGAGGGAGUCUGCAGGUGCAGGCCGGUCUGUUACAGCAACAAUCCCAUUAUCAGAGUGUGAGCUCUGAGCCUCGUCUGGUUCAGCCAGCUCCACAUCAUCCUCAGAGGCUGAGCUAUCAGUCCCACAAAGCAGGCCAUUUCUCAUGUGCCUAGGAAUCUUGUCCGAGCGUAUGCACAUGACAGUUAUUGGUCUUCAGCAGUAACUAUGAGUGGCAUCGCAACUGACUUACCUUUCAGGAGUAUCAAGCUUUUCCUGAGCGUGCACCUUCCUUUGUUCUGUCUGUAACAAUGGAAGAGACGUCAUUGAAUGAAGAAGAUCCAAUUCAUGUGAAUAGCUAUUUUUUAAAAAAUGGCAGGAGAUCCUUUAAAACAUACACACUUUUUUAUAGUAUGCAUUCAUUUAAGUCAAAAUGCCUCAGGAAAAAAUGUUAACACAUCUCUAUUGAUUUACUCGUAUGUUGUGUAUAUGUGGCAAGAGGUUGUGGGAAGGAGGCUGCAUUCUCAAAAAUAGCUGUUGGGGAGCAAAGGCUAGCAAAGAUUCUAUUACUCUGAUUGAUGAAAAAAAAUAAGGAAGAGUUAAGUCAAAACUAUUUACAGUUUAUUCCAAUACACAGGAACUACAUGCAUAAUGUAGGUAGCCCCCAAAGGGACUACUAAGAUGAAAUACAUACAAAAAUGCCUUUACAAACUAUCAAUUGAUACAAUUUGGAGGAGGGUCGCAGGACAGGAAGUUUGCUAGAGACACAAUAGGGUAAAAGAGGAUUGAACUGAUUAAGACAAUGCAAUACAAGAAGAACCUUCAGGACAGGCAAACAAUUAGCAUAUCUAAGGUGUGACCCCAAAGGAAGAUCUUUCAGGACAGGCAUAUUAGCGUAUCUAAGUUUUUGGAAUGAGAAAGCCAGCUGUUUUUGGCAGGCAUUCUCAAGGCCUGCCUAUUGGAAGGAGGAAAAGGAGGGGGCCUUGCAAAGUGGGCUAAUUCCAGAUGUUGAGAUGAGAGAAGCGGAAAUGCUUAGCUCAGGGCCAGACUCCCCUGGUGGGCAGGCAGCCUCUGGGAAUAACCAAGAUGUACAGUUAAUGGGAGGAGCCUUGGAACAGGGGAGUUUCUCAGGGACAGGUGAGGUGGAUAUGGCUCUUGACCCCAUUAUGUGAUGUUGGGAGAGGAAGAUGGCCCAAAUAGAGGAUUGGUGUGCACAGAGAAGGUGUGCUUGUUUCCAAAAGGCCCCUCCCAAAAGGAUGAGGCUCAAACAUAUAAGGAGAGUUCCUAGAAGUAAAUACUAGAUUGGAUUCCACAAACCAAUUCUGGGCAUUUGUGUUUCUGGAAAAUGCUUUGGUCAAUAAGAAUGUUUUGCAAGAAAGGUUUGUAGCUAUUGAUGUGCGAAGGGAGGAACUCUAGCUCACAACACUAAUGUAUCUUUGUGGAGCAGGACUUGCAACUUCGAUUCCCAAUCAGAUCAGGAAUCCCAUCUGAACUCAAAAGCUGUUCCUAGUGUCAGGUUUUAUUGGCCAUAUUAUGGCAGAGUUUCACUCAUUUUGUCCUGAUGCAGGAUAGUAGGUCUUGGGGCCCCAAGAUCAAUUUCUAAAGAUCCAGAUUUUCUUCCCUCACCCACCUGUGUGGAUAUGGAGUCAUCACUGCCUCCACAGUCUGAGGGGUGGGUGGGUAAGGCCACAUACCUGGAAAUGGCCACUGAGGAGUCGAAGUUCCACCCCUGCCAAGGAUCCCUAAACACACGGGGUCUUUGCUGGGAGAGCUUGUAGCCUGCUCAGCCAUUUUUUGACAGUUCAGCUGUUCCACCACUGCCAUCACUACUAUGUAAGAGAGAAGUUUGGGGUUUUUCAAAUAUGUAUUUGUAGUAUUAUCAGUCCACUGGCAUUUAAGUGCUAGGUGCAAAUAUUUUAAUGUUUAAUAGGCAGAAAAGUGCUAGAGCUAGAAGAGGAAAAUCCUGAGGGAAGGGAAAAUGAGGAAGAAACUCCCUGGAAAAGGUUGAAAAGUGCAGAAAACUAGAAAACAUUCUGCAUCAGUGGAAACAGUGGAACCACGGAACUGCUUUCAGUUACUUGAGGAUGAGACUGGAGGCAGCCUGCAGUGGAAGAACUACAAGUCAUACAUCAGCUGCAACACUGUCAAGAGGCUAAAGGUCAGCCAAACAGUGGCAAUGAUACCAAGGCUUGCAAGAACAAGAAGAGUGUUAGUUGUGGGAGACUCCCUUUGCCUGGGAUGGAAAUGCAUGUACGUCAGGAAGACUUGUGGACUCAUCAGGUAUGCUGUCUCCCUGGAGGACAGUUUAGUGAUAUAACUGAAGGAUUGUGAAGGCUCGUACAGCCCAUUGACACAGAUCCCUUCCUUCUUAUACAUGUGGGAACAAAUGAUACUGCCAAGUGGAACUUUGAAGUAAUCACUCAGACUUUGAAGCUUUUGGGAGGAAAGUCAAGAACUUUGGAGCCCAUACAGUUCUCUCUUCCAAUUCUCUUCCAAGAACUGGAAGGAAUGGACAUGGAAAGAAAAAUACUCCAAGUGAAUGCCUGGCUACAAAGUUUGUGCCAGUGUGAGACACUUGGAUCCUGGGAUCACAGGUUACACUUCCUGGAAGAUGGACUUCUGGCAAGGGAUAGGUUGCACCUUACAAGGACUGGAAAGAAGGUGGUUGGCCACAGCAUGACGAAGUUUAUCAGGAGAGCCUUAAACUGAUUCCUACAGGGGAGGGAGACAUACACCUGGCAUAACAACAGACAAAGACUUGUGCACUGCAACAAAGAGAAGAGCUCUAAUAGUGCCCAAUAAAGUAGGAAAAAAGCUAGAGUAUAAAACACAUGUCCUUGAUGUAUUUAUAGUAAUGCCCAGAUUAUGGGAAACAAACAGCAUGAACUUGAACAAGAGAACUUGAUACAGGAGAGUGCAUUUGACUUGACUUGGUAGGAUGACUCCCACGACUGGAAUUCAACAACUGAAGGAUAUAACCUGUUCAAGAAGAACAGAAGCAACAGAAAGCGAGGUAGAGUCACACUAUAUGUUAAAGAUGCAUAUCUCUGCACAGAAAUAAAGGAUGGUGAGCUUAGAAGCCCCAUUGAGAGUAUCUGGAUUAAUACAAAUGGAGCAAGGAACAAAAGGAAAACAGUGGCUGGAGUCUAUUACCAACCACCCAGUCAAGGAGAAGAUGAGGAUGAGACUUUUGAAGAGCAAAUUGUCAGUGAUUCAGGGGGCACGACAGCAUUUUUAUUUUCCGAAUUAUCUGUUAGGAAACAAAUUCUGCCAAACAUGGCCCCUGCGAAAGAUACCUAAUAUGUGUUGCUGAUAACUUUUUCCAACUGAAAGUGGAGGAAGGAAUGAGAGUGUCGGGAUCAGGGCCUGGAUGCCCCUUCAACUGCUUGCAGAACCAGAAACACCCUUGCAGGCACUCUCAGGGAACAGUUGAGGAGCAAGUAUGCAGUGCAGCUGGAGGCCCUGGAAGCCAGCAUAAAAGACCUUCCUGCACUGUUCCUCUUUGCCACAGCGACACAAGCUGUCCUGGUGACUCGCUGGUGCCCUGAUUCCUGCAUUGCCUCACCUGAAUCCUAUUUCCUGCCUGCCAACCCAUCUUCUUGCAUCUUGUAUCCUGCCUUGUUCCUGCUCCAGUCUAACCCUGAUUCCCACGUACCUGCACCCAUCCUCCCUGACCUCACCUUAAUCUUGAAUAUGACUGUCUUUCUGGAACUUGACCUUUGGACUGUGCUCUUGAACUGCGCCUUUCAAUUGUAAUAUCUUAGACUCUGUUUGCUUGGAUCUAUUGUUUCCCUGGCUUUGACCUUAUAAUGUUAAUCAAACAUGCUCUUGCUUCUGGCUCUCUGAAUCUGCUGCAGGACUCCAUCUUGCACCUGUGCCCUGGUCCCCGUGUUCCAGCCUUAGCUGCCUACCGAUCCUGCCUCAGACCUUACAAUGAAGAAUGGCUAUUCUUAACUUGACGCUAACCAUCAGGGAAGACCUAGUGGAUGAAGUGGCAGUUAUGGGAACUCUGAGGGAAUUGACCAUGCCAUACUUGAAUUCCUGAUUCUAAAGGAAACAAAAGCCACAUGUAGCCAAGCAUGUGCCCUCGAUUUUAAGAAAGCUGAUUUUACUAAACUUAGAACAAUGAAAAGUAAAGUCCCAUGUCAUGAGUGGAGCCAGGAAUCGGACUAGAUGGCUCAGGAGGCCCCUUCUGACUCGCUCUGUUUCUAUGUUUCUAAGUGACUCUAAUGAGAAAAGGAGCCUAAGAUGGGUGGGAGUUUUUAAAAAAGGAAAUUCCAAAGGCACAAUUGCAAACAAUUCUAACAAGGAAAAAAGGUAGAAGACAACAGAAGAAUCCAACGUGGCCUCACAGAAAGCUUACAGGUGAUCUGAAAACAAAAAGGGGCAUGUAAACAAGUGAUGAUAGUUGCUUGAUCUAGCCCACUUUUAGCUAGUUUACUAAUCAGGAUGUCAUGGGGCGCUUUGUUGAAAGCUUUGCUGAAACCAAGCUGUUUCUACAGCAUUGCCAAAAUCCUCCAGGGAUGCUAAAAGCAACAAAAAAGCCUUCUUCAGGUAUGUCCAGAGUAAAAGAAGAAAGAAAUGGGGGGGGGGGUCCCACUAUUCACUGUGAAUGGCAAAAUGAUAAAAGAUGGCAAAGAAAAGACAAAGUGAUUGAUUCCUUCUUUGCCUGAGUCUUCUCCCAAAAGAAGAUCUAUGACUUUCCUGUUGAAGAGGAAGCUGAAGCAGCAGGUUGGCAACUGCAUAUAACACAUAGGCAAAUGUCAAGAAUCAUCUAAUUGGGUUGAAUGAAUACAAAUCUGCAGGGCCAGAUGAAUUCCAUCCUAGAGUCAUAAAGGAGUUGGUGGGAAAAACUCUCAGAAUCAUUGUCUAUUAUCUUUGAGAAAUCAUGAAAUAGUUAUUGGAGAUGGACUGAGGGUAAGGAUUAACUGUAAACAUCCAUAGGGCCAAGAGUUAUUGGGUUCCAAAACGGUUCUCUUUUGUGUAUGGGGUGGGGGUAUGCAGACAUUUUUUUUGCACGCCUGUGACUAGCUGUAUAGUAGCUGUAUCUGCUCAUGUUUACAUGUAGAAUAUUAUAUGGGGAAAGUAAUACUGGUCUACCUACAAGAUUGUUUUAAGGUCUAAUUAGAUAAUCAGCUUAAAGCAAAGGAAAACUUCCAUGGCCAUUUGUAAGGACAGAAUUUUAUUUUAAUUUUUGGCCACAACAAGACAGUCCCUAGAAAUCACUGUAAAGCAACCAAUCACUUGUGAAAGGUCAUGUGUUUUGUGGUCAUUCUUAAUAAAGCAAUACAUCUGUACUUUAAUGCUAAAGCUCAGCAGCUGUCCACAAUGACUCAUCUGCCCCCCAUUCCCAAUUUAGCUAUUAAAGAGUUCUCACUGAAUUAUCUCAGUUACUAUUGGACAUGCUGCAACUCUCACAGUACUGAAAUAUUCUUCCACAAGUUGUGACUAUUUAUAUUUGAUUUGAGAUUUUAAAGUGCUUUAGAAACAAAAUUGCAAUGAGAAGAAAAUUUCAGGUGAUGAAGUGGGCAAGGCGUGUGUACAAGGGUCCUGUCUUGCACAGAACAAUCGUCUCUCCAGCAGCCUGUGGCCUCCUUGAUUUCCUGAAUUUCAAUUAAAGAUUAGGGGAAGACAUUCCUUCCACAGGGCAUUUUCUGAUCAGAAAGUUCCAGCAGAUUGGUGGGGGGGGGGGGGUGUUGCAGAGUAAUGGAGUCAUGCGUAGCAGAAAGGAGAAACACAUAAAGUACUUUCAAAAUUACCACCAAAAUAAAUUUAAAAUCAAUUAUAAACCAUGCUGAAGAUGAGACAAAAAAAAUAAAAGAGGAAGAAUAGUUCCAGGAAACUGGAGAAGAAAUGUUGGCACAGCACUAUCUUCACAUUUCCUUGAAGCUGGAUGAGUAAGUGUACUGCUCACACUUCAUACAGGUUCUUAGGGAAGUAGCAAUAUUAGAUAUAUUAUGAGAUAUCAACAGUCAUACCAUAGAAAUAUAUGGCUUUUCUACCCAAAGUAGUUAACAUGCACUCAUCAUUCCCUACUCACAGUUGUUUAUGGGUCUUUAGAGGAUGCUGUGGCCUUCUAGUUCUGCUUCUGUGUUUAGCAAGCACUUUCAGGGAGUUGUUUUAGAGGAGAGAAAAUGUGGCAUUGAAUUAUGAAAGCUAAAGGAACUGUUUUUUCACGUAUGUAUUUGUGCUAUUCCACAAAAUUAAAUUGCUACCUAGAGGUUAUGUAUCAGAAAA